UGGUGCCGCUGCGGGAGGCUGGUGGCCUGGGGUCUAGCCCCAGAGCUGCCUUGAACUUGCGUGACCCUUACCCACUUCUCUUGGGGCCGGGGGGAGCGAUUCAGCUAACUCACUUGCAAAAUGGGGCGAAUGGUUGCUGAUCGCUUGAUGGAUUGGUUGAUUGGUUCGUUCAUUCCAGGUGGUUUACUAGGUUCUGUUUGCUAGAGAUGCACAGACAGAACCUGCCCAUUGUGGGGUCCCAAGUCUCGUGAGAAAAGCCCCGCCUCAUGACAAUUUCUCCUGGCUUCAGACUGCUAAGUCCAGACAUCCAUUGAUCAUUUCCAUUGGCUGCCCCACAGGCAUCUCAAACUCAAUAUCUCCAACACUUUUCUUCAUGAACCUACAAUCCAACUCUCAUGAUUGAAAUCACUAUUCACAAAUCCCUAAGAGAAGAUGACUGUGUUCUUUAAAACACUUCGAAAUCAUUGGAAAAAAACUACAGCUGGGAUCUGCCUGAUGACAUGGGGAGGCCACUGGCUCUAUGGAAAACACUGUGAUAACCUACUAAGGAGAGCAGCCUGUCAAGAAGCUCAGGUGUUUGGCAGUCAACUUAUUCCUCCCAAUGCACAAGUGAAGAAGGCAACCGUCUUUCUCAAUCCUGCCGCUUGCAAAGGCAAAGCCAGGACUCUAUUUGAAAAAAAUGCUGCCCCGAUUUUACACUUAUCUGGCAUGGAUGUGACUAUCGUUAAGACAGAUUAUGAGGGCCAAGCCAAGAAGCUCCUGGAACUGCUGGAAAACACAGAUGUGAUCAUUGUUGCUGGAGGAGAUGGGACUUUGCAGGAGGUUGUAACUGGAGUUCUUCGAAGAGCAGAUGAGUUGCCAUUAGUGAGCACCCAAAUAUUCCUUCCAAAUUUGAAGGCUACCUUCAGUAAGAUUCCCAUUGGAUUUAUCCCACUGGGCCAGACCAGUAGUUUGAGUCAGACACUCUUUGCCGAAAGUGGAAACAAAGUCCAACAUAUUACAGAUGCUACACUUGCCAUUGUGAAAGGAGAGACAGUUCCACUUGAUGUCUUGCAGAUCAAGGGUGAAAAGGAACAGCCAGUGUUUGCACUGACCGGCCUCCGAUGGGGAUCCUUCCGAGAUGCUGGCGUCUCAGUUAGCAAGUACUGGUAUCUUGGGCCUCUGAAGACCAAAGUAGCCCACUUCUUCAGCACUCUUAAGGAGUGGCCUCAGACUCAUCAAGCCUCUCUCUCAUACACGGGACCUGCAGAGCGACCUCCCAGUGGAGCAGAAGAGACCCCUCCACGGCCCUCUUUGUACAGGAGAAUACUACGAAGGCUCGCAUCCUACUGGGUACAGCCGCAGGACGCCCCCCAAGAGGUGAGCCCAGAGGUCUGGAAAGAAGUGCAGCUGUCCACCCUUGAACUGUCCAUCACGACCCGGAACAGUCAGCUUGACCUGGCAAGCAAAGAAGACUUUAUGAACAUCUGCAUGGAACCCAACACGGUCAGCAAAGGAGACUUCAUAACUAUAGGAAGUAAAAAGGUGAGAGACCCCAAGGUGCGUGCUGACGGCACCGAGUGUCUUCAGGCCAGCCGCUGCACUUUGCUUCUUCCUGAGGGAACAGGCGGCUCCUUCAGCAUCGACAGCGAGGAAUACGAGGCGAUGCCCGUGCAGGUGAAACUGCUCCCCAGGAAACUACAGUUCUUCUGUGACCCUCGGAAGAGGGAGCAGCUGCUGCAAAGCACGGCCCAGUGAGCGGGCUGCAAGUGGGCGCCCGAGACUGCACUUUAGGCUACCCUGGGACCAAAAGGCAACCAAGGCCUCCCCGUCCCUGCAGCGCUGUCAGAGGAUCCCAAGGGCCCGUUCAUGGCAAGUACCUUCCACCCUCCUCUCUAGUGCUUCCCAGCUUUGCAGCCAGCUUCCCAGCAGUGCAUGCUUUGACUCUGCUGUGACAGCCCGUCCCUUCCACAUACUGCUUUUCCUCAGGCUAGUUCCGGGAAAUCCCCACCCUCAGUGGAUGGAGAAGGGCUAGACCUUGUUCGCUCCCCUGAGUGGGAAGCAGGGUCCUGGGCUGAGUGGCUCGUCCUCUCCUGGUGGGCUCUGUGGCCGCCCUGGGAAGUCUAGGGAAGCGCCUGCCCUCUGCGGCCUCGUCCCGUUCCCCAGGCUCCUCCAUGGGUGCUGCUACUUUGUGAGCUCCAAUUCUUAGCGUCUUUCAGUUCUCUCCUUAAUCAAAAACAUACCUGAGGUGUUUCCCUCUUCAGCCAUGGCUGAAAUACUGUAAAAUACGUUUUUUCCCCUGAAGUAGUGCUUCUUAAAUGUUGGUUUGCGUGAGAACCACCUGGGGUGCAUGUUGAAAACUGACUCACUUGGGGCCCAACCCAAAUCUAGUAACUCAGUCUGGGGCUGGAGCCCAGGAAUCUGCAUUUUUAAAAAGGUGUCCACCUUCCCCAGGUGGUUCUACUACAAGAGGUGUCCCCCAAACUGAACAGGACACAGUCUUGUAAAGCAGCGGUCCACACACUACUCUGCUUAGGUACUUCCUGAAAGUAUUCUGAAAAAUCAUGUAUCCCCUCAGUUUUAAGUUGACAGCUAAAAUUUUUCAUGGAAGUUAGUUGCCAAAGUAUGUACUUUCUGGUGUCAUGUAAAUAUUGAUAUUUUAAAAUAAAACUGUUACAUCACUGUCUUAAACAUA